GUGCGCGACUUUCACCGGCGCGGCGGCGCACGCGCUCAGUCGCUGCCGAGAGCCGAGCGCCGCGCACGCGCACUCCAGUGAUGCGCCGACAUGGCCGACGCCGAGCGAGUGGACACGUACGACGCGCGAGUCACCACCGCCACGGUGUCCAGCCUCAAGUCCGAGGACUCCACCGAGCAGCUCAUUUGCAAGACGCCGCAGAAGAAAGUUAAGAAAGUGACCAAAGACAAGAGUGUGAGUUCUAAGAGUGUAGAAGCGGGCAGUGAUGAACCGGACCGGCGGCGCCUCGUCGUGUUCCUGGGGCUGGGCCAGGUGGUGCUGGGCGCCCUGCUGGUGGGCGCCGGCGCGCUGGCCGUGGUGAAGGGCGCCGCCCUGUCGCGCGUGGGCGCCGGCCUGUGGGCGGGCUGCGUGGCCGUGGUGGCCGGCGUGGUGGGCGUGCUGGCCGGCAUCAACGACUGCUACGGACUCAACGCCGCCAGCUCUGGAAGUCCCCUGCUGACGGCGUUCCUGGCGCUGUCGCUGCUGUGCCUGGCGUGCGGGAACAGCGCCGCGGUGCUGGCCGCCACCGGCCUGCAGCGCGACUCGCUGCGCCAGCCCACCACGCCCACCAGCUUCGAAGAUGAGAUGGAAGCGUGGACGCCGGUGCUGACGAACAUCGCGCUGCUGAUCAUCGCGAGCGCGCACUGUCUGCUGUGCAUCAUCACCAUCUACCACCUGUCCAAGCGCGUGUGUCCCUGCUUCCGGCCCAAGCAAGCCUUCGAGCACAACCAGUUCGACCCCGCCUUCAAGCCCGUCCAGCAGUACGUGGUGACGGUGGACGAGGUGAAGAAGGCGCACGAUGUGGAGCGCGUGCGCAACCACGAGCUCUGCAAGGAGUUGGAGGUGAAGCUGCAGGGAGACAGUAAUAAGAAGAAGGAGGAGCCAGAGUAUGGCAGCGCGAACAGCAAGGAGAAGCUGGUGACGCGGUGGCUGGGGCGCCAGCAGGCGCCGGCGGCGGUGCUGGGGGCGCCGGCCGCCGCCGUCCCUGCUGCUGCCGCGCGGCGCCGCGGCGUGCGCAAGCAGAGGAAGCCGCCGCCGCUGGUGCUGCUGCCCGCGCACCCCGCCAGCACGCUGGGGCGCGUGCCCGCCGCGUGCGUGGUGAUGCCGCCGCGGUACGCCACGCUGCCGCUGCCGCCCGCCACCUACGCGCCCGGCCCCGUCUACUACCCUGUGCACGAUGCUCGCAUGCGCCGUCGUAGAUCGCCGCGCGCGACCACGGAGCGGCGCCGUCGCGAGGGUCGUGAGCGCGACUCGCAGCUGGCGCGCUCGCUGGAGAGGAUCCACCGCAAGCGGCGCGCCGACCGCGACCACAUCACCGACGCAGACCUCAAGCGGACAUACACCGGUCUGGAUAGGGCCUACGCGGAGCAGUUCAUAGCAGUGUGCGACGAGAGCCGGCACGCGGCGGAGCAGCACGACUCGCUGGCCAGCACCUCCGCCACCUCCGACACCAGCCACUCGCACAACGAGCUGGCGGCCUAGCUCACUGCGUCACACGUGGCGGGGAUGUUACCGGUGUAGCACUAAUACCCAUACUUUAACAAUACUUCGGAAUACUGACCAGUUUCGGAACAUCCAUAGUCCAUAACAUCCCUGCUACACUUGAGUCAACGUGAAACUUGUUUCGCUGUAAAACUAUAGCCCUAUCAAAAUGUUGGUUAAAAUAACUACGAACAUGUAAAUGAACACGAGCAUUAGUACGUUAGUCAGUAAGAGGUUGUUAUAAUACUCUUAGCAAUAAUUUUAGUGAACUAACUGUGUAAGCAUAUCAUACCAAACUUAACAACGUAGCUUGUAAGGUCGCAACGCGUUAAGUUAAACUGUAAAUACUCGAACUAACUUUAAGUAACAUGCGAAUUUGUGGUACAUUCACCUUUUGUCAUUUGUUCUUCUCACUCGUUUUAUAGUCAAUACAGACUCACACAAUGUAAUGUAGGAGAGAAAACAAUAUGUAGUACCGUACGGCCCGCACCAUGCUUGGUACCUACUCACAUAUGUUGCUAAACUAGUGUCGGUCUAGAGUGUACACAAUCACUGUUUUCAAUACUUAUUGCUACAAAAUAAUUAGGUAUAACACGUUUCCUUUGAAACAAUCGUCAUCUAUCAUCAUCAAUCAAUUUUACAUUGUUAAAUAAACCAGUCUGGAAUCAUUCGCCUCAUUGUUCCACAUUGUGUCAUCAACCAUACGACUAGUACCUACCAACUAACAUUUUACUAACACUUUACUAAUGAAUUGUAAACUUGUACGUAUCGUCAAAUAUCUGUGUUAUAUUCUACUUUAAGUCUUAUUUAUCUAGCUCUUAGUCAUUAUUUGUGAAUUAUUUCUCAUGGAAAAUUAAUGACAUUGUAUCAUCUAUGAAUAAUUUGAAUGAUCAUGAGAAAUAUUCACGAGUAAGUUGAAUUAUUACAUAAUGUAGAUACAUAGUCGAGUAUACGUUUGUACAUAAUAUAUUGUCAAAGUCCUAUGUACCUAAACGGUGCCAAAUUGUGAACCUGCGAUUGGUUUAAACACUAACAUCCAAAUUGUUGCUCAAUAUUCUCACGUUAUUGGUUGAUUGUUAAGUAAUUAGACAUUUUAUUGAUUUUAUUUUCUAUUAAGCUAUUUAUAAAUAUUAUAUAGUGUAUAUUUUUGUAGUUUUUCAACGGUAUAAGGGUCCUUUUCCUAAGGUUCCAAUAAGAGUAGGUACAAUAGGAAAAGAGCACUUACUUCUAUAUAACUCGGUCUAAUUUUACCCAGUUCCAGAGACUAGAGUAGACCUAUUCUAGACCACAGAGCUGUACUAAUCUUCAAUGAGUUAAUUGAAGUUUUAAAUUAUUUUUGUAAAAUUGUACGGUAUCCAAACUAUACGUAAACUAGACUUGUAGGAAUGGUUUAGAUAUACACCUAGAACAUAGUACCUAGAUAUGUUUACUUAUAUCUUUGUAACACAAAUACUUAGAGACUGUAAUAUAUACCUGUGUGUAAAUAAGCUCACGAUGAGAUGUAUCAUAUUAUGUACGUUAGGCUAAGUCUACGGGGUGGGGGGAGCACUGUGACUAGUGACUGCUUGUCUGUCUCCAACUGUCGGCUAGUGGGGGUUAUUUAUUAUGAACGGAUACUGCUUGGGGGAUGCGACGAAUAAAUAUUACUUUUUAUACAACAA